AUGGGCAACGAGGAAGGAUUUGGUAUAACCACCGGCCAGCCGAAUCUCUACAAGCAAGAUCUAUCGAAGCUCGAUGUAAGUAGAUUAACUGCAUUGUCGCCUGAAGUAAUCAGUAGGCAGGCUACAAUCAAUAUUGGAACUAUUGGACAUGUAGCACAUGGAAAAUCAACGAUUGUGAAAGCUAUUUCGGGAGUACAGACAGUUCGUUUUAAAAAUGAACUAGAAAGGAAUAUUACUAUUAAACUUGGAUACGCCAACGCGAAGAUUUACGAAUGUGAAAAUCCGAAAUGUCCUCGACCUGGACGUUAUAUAUCCGGCGGAUCCAGCAAAGAUGAUUCUUUCCCUUGCAUGCGUUCUAUUUGUUCAGGGAGAUUUCAAUUGGUUCGACACGUCUCUUUUGUCGAUUGUCCUGGACACGAUAUUCUUAUGGCAACUAUGCUUAACGGAGCAGCUGUUAUGGACGCCGCCUUGCUUUUAAUCGCUGGCAAUGAAUCGUGUCCUCAGCCUCAAACGUCGGAGCACUUGGCAGCUAUCGAAAUUAUGAAACUUAAGCACAUAGUCAUCUUGCAAAAUAAGAUCGACUUAGUUAAAGAAGCACAAGCCAAGGAGCAGUAUGAGCAAAUAUUGAAGUUUAUUCAAGGGACGGUGGCGGAAGGUGCUCCAAUAAUUCCGAUUUCGGCACAACUGAAAUAUAAUAUCGAGGUACUGUGUGAAUACAUCACCAAGAAAAUCCCAGUUCCAAUGAGAGAUUUCACGUCGGAGCCUCGACUGAUUGUUAUUCGAUCUUUUGAUGUAAAUAAACCGGGCUGCGAAGUGGACGAUUUGAAAGGUGGCGUCGCUGGUGGCAGCAUCCUCAGAGGAGUGUUGAAAGUCGGUAUGGAAAUUGAAGUUCGUCCAGGAUUAGUGUCUAAAGACGGCGAAGGCAAGCUGACCUGUCGUCCGAUAUUCUCACGCAUUGUAUCUUUAUUCGCCGAACAGAAUGAACUGCAAUUUGCUGUACCUGGUGGUCUAAUUGGUGUUGGAACCAAAAUUGAGCCUACUUUAUGUCGUGCUGAUCGUUUAGUUGGGCAAAUUCUUGGAAGUGUCGGUGCAUUACCUCAAAUAUUCAUCGAACUGGAAAUUUCGUAUUAUUUAUUGAAACGUUUAUUAGGAGUGAGAACCGAGGGUGAUAAAAAGGGUGCGAGGGUACCAAAGCUAUCAAGGGGAGAGGUACUGCUUGUUAACAUUGGAUCGUUGAGCACCGGUGGCAGAGUACUGGCUACUCGUGCUGACUUGGCAAAGAUCAGCUUGACGAAUCCAGUGUGCACUGAGAUCGAUGAGAAGAUCGCGUUAUCCAGACGAGUGGAAAAGCAUUGGCGUUUAAUCGGAUGGGGUCAAAUUUGCGGAGGUCAAACAAUAGACCCCAUUUUAGAUCGAAAAUAAUGGUGAUAUUUGAAUUAGCUUCUCUCAAAGCUAUUAUUUCUACGAUUUGUUCACAACACUACAGUUGGUCUUGUGUACGAAAUAUUUAUAAUAAAAAUUGGAAACUACUCUUGC